CUCUUGUACAACUACCUCCUUCUCACCUUCCUCCUCCUGCUCCUCCUCAUGAUCAUAAACCCUAAAUACGGUUCCAAAACCCAAAACAAAGUCUACAGACAGCCCCCAGGACCAUGCAAGCUUCCUAUCAUUGGAAGCAUGCACCACCUUGUUGGAAAACUCACACACCAUGCACUUCGAGACCUCGCAAAAACCUACGGGCCUCUCAUGCACCUAAAGCUCGGCGAGGUCUCCACCGUUGUUGUCACCUCCAGGGAGGCAGCAAGAGAGAUGCUGAAGAUCCACGACAUCAACUUUGCAUCGAGGCCAGACAUUUUGGCCAGCAAAAUCGCCGUUUACGGUGGCCUCGACAUGCUCUUUGCACCCUAUGGAGACUACUGGAGACGACUGCGGAAACUCUGCGUCAUGGAGGUAUUGAGCGCCAAGCGGGUCCAAUCAUUCCAAUUUGUCAGGGAGGAGGAGGUCUCUGAUCUUAUCGACACCAUUCAGUCCACGAGUCCUUCGCCUGUUAACCUCAGCGAAAUGCUUCACACCCUCACAAACAACAUCACGGCAAGGGUCGCAUUCGGAAGCAGGUGCCGAGAUGCAGCAGCGUACUUGGAAGCGAUGAAGGAAGGCACACUGCUAGCUGGUGGCUUCAAUCUUGCUGAUCUAUUCCCUUCAUUAGGGUUCAUUAGUGUGGUGACUGGAAUAAAGAAUAAGCUUGAGAGGUGCCAUCAGAAGAUUGACGGGAUCCUUGAAGGCAUCAUUGAAGAACGUAAGGAGGUUCGGGCAGCUUUAAAGUUGAAGGAUGGCAAUGGUGAAACAAUGGAGGAGAAUAUACUUGAUGUUCUUCUAAACUUCCAGGGACGAGAUGAUGAACUUGGGUUCUCUCUCACAGCAACCAACAUCAAAGCAUUCAUCUUUGACGUGUUUGCAGCAGGGAGUGGGACGGCGGCGUCAUCUAUGACAUGGACGAUGUCAGAGCUAAUGAGGAACCCAAGGGUGAUGAAGAAAGCACAAACGGAGGUAAGGGAAGCACUUGGUGGGAAAAGUAAGUUCACCGAAAAGGACGUGGGUCAAUUAAGCUAUCUAAAGCUGGUGAUCAAAGAGUCCUUAAGGUUGCACCCCCCUGCUCCGCUCUUGGUCCCCAGGGAGUGCACCAAGACGUGUGAGAUCAAUAGCUACGUCAUACCCGUAAAGACCAGGGUGAUCUUUAAUGCAUGGGCCAUGGGGAGGGACUCGCAGUAUUGGGAUGAUCCUGAGGAGUUCAAGCCAGAGAGGUUCGAGGGGAGCUCCAUUGAUUUCAAGGGGAAUUGCUAUGAAUACAUGCCCUUCGGAGCUGGGAGAAGAAUGUGCCCGGGGAUUAAUUUUGGACUGGCCAGCAUGGAGCUAGCGUUGGCACAGCUCUUGUGCUGCUUUGAUUGGAGCCUGCCGCAUGGGGCGAGUGAGUUGGACAUGACCGAGUCCGCUGGGUUGGGUGCACGCAGGAGAUAUGACCUAUGCUUGUGUGCCACUCCUUAUGUUCCCUUGCUUGCGAACUAGACCAAAAAAAGCUUGUGAUGAGCUUAUGUUUCCUUCUAUCUCAAAGGAAAGACUCAGUUCACAUGAAUAAGGAUUAGCUUUGUAAUAAUUAUUUGAUUUUUUUAUCGUUAGGUAUUAGAAUGUAAUUGUAAUAUGCAUUGUAAGAUAUGGAGGGAUCCUAUCACAUGUGACAGGUACUAUAUAUGCUGAAGGACAA